AUGCCAAAGGACCGGGAGAACCCCCUGGACGAGCCGGGCUACGUGCUGCGCCGAGCGGGCAGCUCCGAGCUGGGGGACCUGAGUGGGGAUGAGGAGGACGAGGGGCUGAGGCCGAAGGACAGCUGGAAAUCCUCCGGCUCCCUCCGCAGCCCGGACAGCACCGAGAGGAAGCGGGUCAAGAGCAAACUCAGGCGCUUCAUCGUCAAACGGCCCCCGCUGCAGAGCCUGCAGGAGAAGGGGCUCAUCCGAGACCAGGUCUUCGGCUGCCGGCUGGACGCCCUGUGCCAGCGGGAGAAGGACAUGGUGCCCCGCUUCGUUCGGCUCUGCGUGGAGGCCGUGGAAAAGAGAGGCCUGGACGCGGACGGGAUCUACCGGGUGAGCGGGAACCUGGCCGUAAUCCAGAAGCUGCGCUUUGCCGUCGACCGGGAGCGGGCAGUGACCUCGGACGGGCGCUACGUCUUCCCGGAGCAGCCGUGCCAAGAGGAGCGGCUGAGCCUGGCUGACCCCGAGUGGGACGACGUCCACGUGGUGACCGGCGCCCUCAAGCUCUUCUUCCGCGAGCUGCCCGAGCCCCUGGUGCCCUUCGCCCUCUUCGACGCCUUCGUGGGUGCCGUCAAGCUGCCGGCCUACGGCGAGCGGGUGCAGCGCCUGGCCGAGCUGGUGCAGAGCCUGCCCCCUCCCAACUACACCACCCUGCGCUACAUCCUGGCCCACCUCCGCAAGGUGAUGGAGCACGCCGACGCUAACCGCAUGACCCGGCAGAACAUCGGCAUCGUCUUCGGCCCCACACUGCUGCGGCCGGAGAAGGAGCUGGCCAGCAUGGCCGUGGACAUGGUCCACCAGAACCAGGCCGUGGAGCUGCUGCUCUCCGAGUUCCAGCGCAUCUUCCCGGCCCCCGGCGCCAACUGAGCCCCCGGACGCGCCUGGGCACUGAACCCCUGCCAGGACCAGGGCCACCGCCUGGUACAGACUGGAAUCAGCACCAGCCAAGGACAAUGGCCCUGGGGCCCCGUCCCACCCCCAGGCUUCAGACAAUAGAGACCCUCCCUUGGGCCCUACUCAGGGCAGCUGCAUGGGCGCCGGUGCCCCUAAGGGAAAAGGCCCCGUGCCCUAUUCCCCGCCCCUCUGAGCCAGCCUGUGCCCGGCGCCCUCUGCCCUGCCAGGUCUGUGCAUGCCCAGGGCACCGUCUGUCUGGACUCUCGAGCCCGGGGCCGGGCAGUAAAUGGCCGUCUGCCCAGGGA